AUGUCUGCCCUGCACAUAGACAUGCCUCCCAGGCCGAAGAACCUGCCAGCGAAGAAGAAACAGACCGUAGCCGACUCGUGGGAGGAUGAGGCCGAGGACAUCACUUCACCCGUUGAUGAAGACUCCAAUGCACAGACGCCCACCGAUGCAUCAGACUCGUCUUUCAACCCCAACAGACGCCCUGAUCCUGCUUUGGCGCCACCGCCCCCGACUCCAAUUUCUCCGGAACACAAUGGUGGCCAGGCCAUCGACUGGUCAACCGCCCGAGUUUUGGGCGGAGGUCGUCCCACACCAUACUCACCGUCCAAUCCUUCAACACCUUCGGACUCGGAUCGGGAGCGCAGGCGGCCUGAGAAGUCAACAGCCACGGCGAGUAGGCUCAUCGCAGCUGGCCUGGGCAUGAAGGUGCCGAAGAAGACAGAGGAGGCCAGGCAAUAUGAAAAAGCUGUAAGGGAUCAGGAAAUCAAGCGCAAGAAUAAAGAGAAGGAGGCUCAGCAGCGGGAGAGAGAGGCUGAUGAGAAGUUGAAGGCGGCUGUUUGGGAUAGUUGA